UCUGGAACCUGGUUUCUGUCUUGGACUGGUUUUCUGGCUCCAUGCUGCCCAUCAGACGGGACAGAAGGUUCAACUCCUCUUUGGCCAAAAGGUUCGGAGGCUGGUUCUUCUACAGCACAGAGAACACGCAGGGAAGAAGCUGUCAUUUAAAGAGAAAGUCAGAGAGAAAAGAAACAGAAGAGCAGAAGUCACUUCCUCAUACCUGCUCACAGGUUCUCACGGAGCCUGACGUGUGUUUUCAGACCUGAUCACAUAAGGAGGAAACACACUCACAGAGAAAGAGAGAGAGAGAGAGAGAGAGGCUCAGUUUUACACUCGGACGCCACAGGAUUGGACGGAAAAAAAUCAAAGCUGUUCAUGAAGUAGAAGAGCGGCACCGAGGGUGAAGGGAUGAAUGCUGACGUUGCCUUCUUUCCGUCUGUACACCCUUGGAGUAAACCCCCCCCCACCACCUGUCUGACCCCCGCAGACAACGACGCAGCCACAUGGAGCCUCCCUUCACCGCUGCCCUCCCAGAACUCCGCUCCGUACUGCUGUGAGAAAAUGUAUUCCGAUGACUCCGACCCAUACGUGGAGCUCCAGCCCCUGGACGCCCAGAUGGACUUCUUCCACAAGCUGGGCUACUCCACAGCUCAGGUUCGGGCCGUCCAGCAAAAGUUUGGCCCCAACACGGACACAGAUAAAAUUCUGGGGGAGCUGGUGAAGACCGGGCCGCAGCAGGAGGUGAAGCAGGGGCCCGUGACCGUGUCGGUGGUGCUGCCCAGAGGAGACUUCCAGCAGCUUCCUGGCCCGACUAUUCAGGUGCCUGUCCCUGCAUCGGUUCUGCAGGGCAGAGAGGACAGCGGCGAGGACGAGGACGCUCUGAGACCCAUCGUCAUAGACGGCAGCAACGUGGCCAUGAGCCACGGAAACAAGGAAGUCUUCUCCUGUCUGGGAAUCCAGUUGGCAGUCAACUACUUCCUGGACAGAGGCCACACUGAUGUCACCGUGUUUGUCCCCUCGUGGAGGAAGGAGCAGCCGCGGCCGGACGUUCCCAUCACAGAUCAGCACAUCCUACGCGACCUGGAGAGAAGAAAGAUUUUAGUGUUCACUCCCUCCAGGCGUGUCGCAGGCAAGCGCGUGGUCUGCAACGACGACUGCUUCAUAGUCAAGCACGGCUUCGAGUCGGACGGCGUCAUCGUGUCCAACGACAUGUACCGGGAUCUUCAGGGAGAGAAGCCGGAGUGGAAGCGAUUCAUCGACGAGAGGCUGCUCAUGUAUUCCUUUGUCAACAACAAGUUUAUGCCGCCUGACGAUCCUCUUGGUCGCCACGGACCGACUCUGGAGAACUUCCUGCGCAAGUUUCCAAAGAUUCCGAAAAAACACCCGUGUCCCUAUGGAAAGAAGUGCACUUAUGGUAUCAAAUGUAAAUUCCACCACCCGGAACGGGCCAAACAGUCCAAUCGGCUGGUUGCCGACGAGCUGUGGGAGAACGCCAAACACAGCGCGGCCACUCAGAGAACGUCUUCAUGUAGCUCCAGCCCUGAACCGGGACAGAGCCUCCUGCUGGUGGAGGACAUGGCCAAGAAACUGAGUCUGGGACACGAGAGCAGCUCUGGGAAGAAGGACCACAAACUGGAGCAGGUGAAGACCGGUCACCGCUCCAGCAAGAAGGCCACGCCCCGGAAGGACAAGAACAGCCAACGCCCUUCUGUCUCGGACCACGGCGAAUCCCACGAGCAGCUGGAUUCUGGGCUGGGCUCCAUCGACAGUCAGUUAAUAGACGCGCCCUGGAGUCCGUGUGACUACCAGUACGGGCCGGCGCCGAGGGGGGGCCAACACGUUCACAACGUACGACAGCAUCAACCUCCGAGAGGUUCUCCGUGCAGCUGCUGCUCACACGGUCCGUCGGCUCUGGGCGCUUUUCACAGCCCCCACCACAACGUCAGGGCGGUGCACGGCCCCCCGCCCUACCACGGAUACGGUGCUUACCCGCUCAGCGCGCCCACCGCCUACAGCCAGCCGUCGGAUUUUCAGCACAGCAGAGUCCAUAAACACCAGCAGCAGACGUACUGGUCCGAUUCCUACGCGGGUCACCAACACGUGGUCCACGGUCGGCCGGGGGAGCGCUCCCAGUGGGAGCCGCCCAAGGCCACGCAGUCCGCUCCCGGCAGAGAGGAGAGGGACGUGGUCCGGAAGAAACUCCUGGCGAUCUUCAGCGCUCACCUGGUGGACGCCGCCAUGGACCUGCUCCCUCAGGUGAUGGACCCACAGGUGCUGGUGGCUGAGAUCCUGAUGCUGCAGAGUCAGAACCCGUCUCUCAGAUGAGACGGGUCCAGCCUGAAGCCCGGUCUCUGAGGAGACGGACGCGGUCAGGGCUGGGAGAACUUUGUGACAAACAUGCGUUUGUGUGAUUUGUAAUGUGGUAUCCACCUGUUAUUACACAGAUGUGCAGUUGAUACAAAUUGUAUCUUUAUGACGUCAGUUUCACAGGUAUGUGCAGUGUCCGCCUUAUUAGGUACGGGAUAAAACUGUGUUAAACCUGCCUGGAAUACAGCCCCAAACCAUGACAGUGAUAAGGCCCAAAAUAGUCAAGCAUUUGUAACUUGACGUUCUUAAAACGGCUAAACCAAAAAUGUGAAAUCUAGGACUAGUCACUUAAUGUCUUUGAUAUGUUUGAUAUGUUUUACAUAUUGUGUACGCUGUGUGGUGUCGUGGAUGAUAUGAGUAAAACCAAAUCUGUUAUGUGUCAUAUUGGCGCAGUACAACGUGUGCAUUUUCCUCCUCUAUCGUCGUUUCUAUACUAUCACAAUGUAUCGCAAUAUAUCGUAUUGUCGCCCAUGCAUCGUGAUACGUAUCGUAUUGCCAAAUUCUUGCCAAUACCCAGUGACUCCGUGUAACCAUGUGACAGUUUCCUGCUGCUCCUCCACAGUCAGUCCUCACGCUACGUGUUUCACUCUUAUUUUAUUAUGCGACGUUCAUUGUAAAAAAAAAAAA